AUGGACACAAUAAUUCUCCGCGAUCUGAAAUUCGAACUCGCAGUCGGUCGAGAUGCUUGGCGUCGGGCAGGCAAGCUGCAGCCCGUGUCCAUCACCUUGAAUCUCCAACCGACGUCGACAUUUGAGGCCGCUGCUCUUCAGGACGACGUAAAUUUGACGCUCGACUAUGGCAAACUCUACAGGACGGUGUUUUCCAAAAUCAGAGAUCAAAUUUACGGCAAUGUCCAGGGUCUAAUGCUGGACUUGGCGCGCUGUGUCGAAGAAUACAAGCUGCUCGGCAUCGACAUAGUAAUGCCCAAGGCAGUUCUGGAAGCGGAGAAGGGGCUUCAUUAUCAUCUCCGAAUCGACAAGUCUGACCCAGAAAAGGUUGAUGCUUCAUGGAGCAUGGCCAUCAAGGGUAUCGGCGUUUCCUGCAUCAUUGGUGUGAACCCACACGAGCGUCAGUACAAACAGAAACUCUCUGUGGACCUAAUCUUGGGAGGUCAGCCGCUCGAGGGGGGAGUGGAUAGAAACGAGCUGGCCGAUCCAGGUCUGCAAGAGAUGUGUAAGAGUUUGGUUGAACGCGUCGAAGGUUCUUCAUAUCAGACAGUCGAAGCCCUGGGAACCGCAGUCGCCCAAGUCGUAACUAUGGACCACAAUCAGCCCAUCGUCACCGUCCUGAUCGAAAAGCCAAGCGCGAUUGCCACCAUUGAGACGGCCGCGAUCCAGCUCACCCGGUCAAGAGCUUUCUUUGAGAACAAGGACUUCUGGAAGGUCAAACGGCCAUAG